UUGGAGAGAGAGGGAGCAGAACCUCUCCAUAUCUCGACACACUAACACCCUCAGGCAGGAUUUGUCGUCCUCAUCUCAGUGAUAUAUGUCGUGUGCCGCAUGUGUGUGUUUUCCCGCGAGCCGCAGAUCUGAGCAGUUCUGAGGAACUUUGGACACUUUUGCGCAGGAGCGCGCGCGCGUUCAACACACUCGUCUGAACUCCUGCAGGAGGAUUUUACCGCUGCACGACAGUUUUCUUCACUCUUCUGCAUGAAUCUCUUCGACUCCUACCUGAAAAUGAGCGACGAGCAGGACAAGAGUCUGUCCGACGCGCCCAGCCCGAGCAUGUCCGAGGACUCGGCCGGGUCUCCGUGUCCCUCCGGCUCGGGCUCGGACAGCGAGAGCACCCGAGCAGAGCAGCACCUGAGAGAGUUUAAGAAAGACGAGGAGGACAAGUUUCCCGUGUGCAUUAGAGACGCGGUGUCUCAGGUUCUGAAGGGGUACGACUGGACCCUGGUGCCCAUGCCUGUCCGAGUCAACGGCUCCAGCAAGAGCAAACCGCACGUGAAGAGACCCAUGAACGCGUUCAUGGUCUGGGCUCAAGCCGCGCGCAGGAAGCUGGCGGAUCAGUACCCGCACCUACACAACGCCGAGCUCAGCAAAACACUCGGGAAGCUCUGGAGACUACUGAAUGAAGGAGAGAAGCGUCCAUUUGUGGAGGAGGCCGAGCGCCUCAGGGUCCAGCACAAGAAAGACCACCCCGACUACAAGUACCAGCCCAGGCGAAGAAAAUCGGUGAAGAACGGCCAGACCGACGGCGAGGACGGCGAGCAGACGCACAUCUCUCCCAAUGCCAUAUUCAAAGCCCUGCAGCAGGCCGACUCUCCGGCGUCCAGCAUGGGCGAAGUGCAUUCCCCGGCAGACCACUCAGCAGGUCAGUCCCAAGGUCCCCCCACACCUCCCACAACCCCCAAAACAGACGUGCCGUCCAGCAAAGCGGACUUGAAGCGUGAAGGCCGUCCUCUGCAGGAGGGCAUUGACUUCGGCGCCGUAGACAUCGGCGAGCUGAGCAGCGACGUCAUCUCCAACUUGGAGCCGUUCGAUGUCAACGAGUUCGACCAGUACCUGCCUCCUCAUGGACACCCCGGGAUCCCGGUCUCCAACAGUGGCCAGGCGUACUCCUCCAGCUACGGGCUCGGCUCUCAGGCCGGAUCGGCUCACACCUGGAUGUCCAAGCACUCACUGAGUGGCGAGCCACCCCAGCAAAGGACUCAGAUCAAGACGGAGCAGCUGAGUCCCGGCCACUACAGCGAGGGAUCCCCACAACACGCCAGCUACGCCACCUUCAACCUGCAGCACUACAGCUCCCCCUACCCCUCCACCACCCGCCCGCAGUACGAGUACGAGCACCAGAGCCCCGCUAGCUCCUACUACAGCCAGUACCCCGCCUUCAGCUACAUGAGCCCCAGCCAGAGGCCCAUAUACACCCCCAUUGCGGACACAGUGGGCGUCCCGUCGGUGCCUCCACCACACAGCCCUCAGCACUGGGAGCAGCAGCAACCAGUCUACACCCAGCUGUCCCGGCCCUGAGACCCUCCUGAGACCCUUCUGAGACUCUCCUGAGAUCCUUCUGAGACCCUCCUGAGACUCUCCUGAGAUCCUCCUGAGACUCUCCAGAGACUCUCCUGAGAUCCUCGCUCGAAACCCUGGAGAUCUUUCAAAGUACUCAAACUCACGGAAUGGCUCCCGACUGUGCCUUUUUUACAUUGCUUGGAGUUGUGAUUAUAUUUUUCUAGAUAUAAUGAAGAGAAAUCCUCUGUGAGGACAGAUCAAGAUAAUUAUUUUAGUAUGUACUGUGUAUGUGUUUUUUUUUCCUUAGUUUUGUUGGAUUGGGGGAUUUAUACGCAGCUGUCUGUGACCUCCUUCACUGAUGAUAUUUUUGUAAAGACUGCUUUUGCCUGAUAUUUUCCUCUGUAUAUAUUUGUGAGGGGUUCUUAAAAAUUGGGCUGAGUAUGUGCAAGUUAGCUGGGGAAAGAUGUACAGUCUGAACUCGAACGCUUCUAGAGUCCGUGCCUAAGCGUAUUUGCCAUAUUUGAGCUGGUGUUUCCGUGAAAACUGCCUUCAUCCAUCUGUGCCUAUAGAGAUCGUGGAGGAGAAACAGGAAGUGCCCUUUGACCCGAGGCUCCUCCGUAGCUCCCCAUUGGUCAGAUUGACAUUCCUUCAGAUGCCAUGGAGUCUUAACCUCUUUAAUUUAUUCAUUAGUGUUCGAUUGACUUGAAAGUAAUACUAUCAUGUACUUCGGCUUUGUACGACUAAUUUGUGAUAAAAUGUUUCCAGAGAUGAUUAUGAUUUAGUUGUAGUACAAACUUUAACCAUCUCAUUUAUUUAUCAUUUGUUAAUGUUUCCAUUUUUAAAUUUUAAAAAUGUUCUUUUGAUAAUCUAGUUGAGAGCCGAUUAUAAUUGUGAAACUUGAUCAAACCUGUCAUAGAAACAACUGGAACUUCUGCAGGCUGUUGACUACAUCUCUAUGAAAACACCAGCAUUUCUUUCUUUACCUUGUUCUUUAUUUCAUUCAAAUAAACUGUAAAACAUGCCACCGUCUUAAAAGAAGCUUAUCUUUUGUAUCAUUAUUUGCAAUAAAAAGAAAGAUAUAGAAAAUA